AUGUACGGUAAUAGUGGUGCGGGAGACAACACUUCUGUAUUGAUCGAAGAACUGUCCAAUGAAUUGAGUUCAUUCCAUUUGGAUACUAGUAGGCCAAAUACUUAUUCUACUAACGCUACUACAAUGGAUAAUAGAUACAUGAAAAAUUUUAAACAGUACCAGACAAACGAUAAUUUUAAUGAUUCUAAUUUCCACUCCAAAAUUGCAGAAACUUCGUCUACUGAAGAGGAAGUAGAAGAACGAGAAGAAGAAGAAGAGGAAGAAGAAGAUUCAAUGAAAUUCAAUACUGUAUAUCAGAGAAAUAAAUCUACAGGCGCUACUACAGGCACCACAAUCGACGAACGGCCACAGUUCUUGGCAUACAUGAAAAAUGACAACUCCCCUUUAAAGAGGGCUCCUGAAUCCGAAUUAAUUAUACAAAAUAUCGGUAAUCUUUCAGGUGAAAUUUGUAACACUUUCAAGAAACAAAAUGAUUUGAAACAACAAAAAUUACAUCCACAAAUUGAUGCUAUCAACGAAGAAGACACUGAAGAAGAAGAAGACGUUAAUCCGGCAGAUGAAGCGAAAAAGGUCUUUAACGAUUUUUCUAAAUAUAUGAGAUUUAAGCACGAUAGUAACACUGAUACAACUACUUCUAGCACAGUGACAACAAAUCCAAAUAGUAGCAGUACAAGCAGUUAUUCCACAAUUCAUACCGGAAAUAGUGAAAAUUAUCAUGGACACAACAAUAAUAAUACUAAUAAUAAAAUCAAUCUAAUCACACCAAGUUCCUUAGGUUACGAAUUUAAAACCGGCAAAGGUGAAUGGGUACCGAAAAAUGACCUGCCAGAUAUAUCUUCAAGUCAUACCACUGGUGUAGAAAAUACUACUGGCGUGGAAAACACAACCACUUCAAUAAAUGACAAUAAUGUCAAGAAAGAAAAUAUCGAUGACACUUCACUAAUGGAUGAAACUUCCAUAGAUACCCCACAAUUGCACAGUAGAUUCAUACAAUUACCACCUGAUUUUGCAAACAGUUCAUUUAAUGGUAACGUUACUGCGAUUAAUGAUGUAACGAUCGAUAAUUACAAUGAAAAUAAACAAAAUUUAAUUUCAACUUUAAUUGAUCAAUUAUCAAGAGAAACGGAAUGGGAGAAAAUUUAUGAAAUUAACGUAAAUAAGCAAGAUUUGAUAAAUUUCAUCGGUCUGAAUGAACUUUUGCCCAAUUUAAUUAAGAUCAAUUUCUCAAACAAUAGAAUCAAUUUGAUUAAUGGUAUUUCCAAUGAAAUAAAAUAUUUGGAUUUAUCUCAUAAUUUGAUUAAGAAUUCAAUCUGUCUGUUUAAUGAUUUUAAUAAUUUACAAACAAUUGAUCUAUCAAAUAACUUAAUAAACUCAAAUUUGAAAUUUUUAUCAAAUUGUUUGAAUUUGAGGUACGUAAAUCUAUCGAAUAACAAGAUAGUAUCUAUUGAAGGUAUUGAAAAUCUAAAUUUAAUUGAACUAAACUUAUCCAAUAAUUCAUUGUCCGGAACGUUAGAUUUUGAAAAAAUGACAAAGAAAAAUAUCAAUACAUUGAAUAAUUGGAAUACAAUUGAGAACUUAAAUUUUGAACGGAACAAUAUAAGCUACAUUAAACACAUCACAAGUUUAAGAAACUUGAAAAAACUAAAUUUGAAUAAUAAUCCCAUUAAAUAUAUUGAAUUCGGCCAUUUACAAAGCAAUUUAGAAGAAUUCUGUUUAUUGAAAUGUGACGAUAAUUUAAUUGUUAACAACACAAGGCUACCAUUUUCAAACCUGAAGACGUUCAAAAUCAAUGGUAAUUUCAAAAAACUGGAUAAACUUCUCAUAAUCUCUAAAGAUUUAGAACAUGUUGAAGUUCAAAAUGGCUCUAAAUCCAAAUUAUUCAAAUUCUUAAGAAAUUUAUCUACAAUCAACCAAAUUCAAUUGAAAAAAUUGAGUCUCAAUAAUAUAAAAGAUCUCAACGGGAUACCGACAAGCCUCACACAUCUUUUCUACCGAUUGCAGAAUUUACAACUCCAUAAUAAUAACAUAAUUAAAUGUGAAGAAUUGAUCAAAUUGUUGCCUCCUGCAAAUUCAAUGCCUUGCCAAAUCGAGCGCCUCAACAUCAGUAAAAACCCGAUAUUGAAAAGACAAUUGCAUGGAGACUAUAACAAUGUCAGAUUCUUGGUGGAACUAAAGAGAAUACUCUCGAAAAGAUUGCCUUUACUGGACGAGCUCAUCAUGGAUGAAUAG